CCAAGAGACAUCUAACCGAUAGAACAUCUCGGCGUUCUAUUGAACGUUUUCUGUUCGAAAACAAGAACAACUUCAAUUUGCUGUUCAACAACAACAAAUUUGACUGAUUUUUGAGACCUGAGAUUGAAAAAUCGACUGGAAAAUGCCUGGGUGCUUUUCAAGAUUGAUGGAUAGAGUGCGAGGACGUCGGCAGCCUUCUGCGUCGACAGGUUGUUCAAAUUCAUUUGUGGGUUGUUUUUGUUGUCUUUUUCCGUUUUGCAGGGUUCGCGAUCGUCGGGAGCUGGACAGCGACUUCGAAGAGGAAUCAAAUGUACUGGAUGAGGUCCAGUUGGAUGUGCCACUGCUGCCAGUCAUCCUUGAUGUCCAGGAUGCUGCUAUCAUCCUUGAGGAUGUGCCAGAUGUACCGACUAUCCUUGAGGAGGCCACUGGUAAUUGGCAGUUGAUACCGAUUAGGUUUAGCCCCCUGUACUGUGGGCCAGUUGUGAUCAGAAACCAUGCCGGUCCGGUGGCUAAAGCUUGGAGAACUUUCCAGUUCAUCAGCCCCAUUAUCACCUAUAUGCGUGGGGGAUCCCAGCAGGUGGUGGUGAGGAUGCACCAUGUGAGUAGGGUUCGAGGCCUGGAGACUCAACUGGUGUGGGCCAUCUCCAGGGAGACAGCCAGACUUAGUUCAGAGGGCAUCCCCUACUGUGCCACCAAGGUUCAGUCCGUCACUUGGAUCCUGUAUAUGGCUGGCAGGGUGACCCAGUAUGCUUCUCACCUCCGCCAUGAGACGUCUGUGGACGUGACCCUUGGCUGCUACCAGCAGACUGAUGUCUCGGUGGUGUAUGCCACUCUCCACAUGGGGCCGGAUGGGCUGCUCUCCUCCUCGGCGUGGUCGGAGGCUGCCUCCGUGUCUACGCCCACCAAUCAGCAGUUCACUGAGCCAGAGCCUGAAUGCCACAACUGCUAUGAGGGCUGGGAGGAGGACCUGCUGCCUGAGGAGAGGGAGGUUCCUCUGCUAAACCUCUACCUUACCACCAAGAGAGUGGAGGACAUCGCCCUGAGGCUCGUCUCCCUGCGCCAGGCCUUCACUGACGAGGCCGAAUUCAUCCGUGCCUAUAACGACUUUGUGGACUACCUGAGUGACCCCUCUAAGCAGAUUGACAUUGAGAGGGAGCUGGCUGAGGCAAAGAUCCAUCAUGUUAACCUGAUAGAUGUCCUUUUGAACUGGUGCUUUUGGGAUGAUGACAGCUCAGAAGUCCCUGAUGGUGCACCCUGGUGGGUUCAUGGAGCGUCUGUACGCUCUCCUGUACUCCUUCCUGCCCGUAGCUGCCAGCAUUGAGCCAAAGGCCGAGAGAUACCUGCUGCUGCUCAAUGAUUCUUGCGACACUUUGCCACCACACAGGGGUCUAGACACAAAUGCACUACAUUACUUUGCACUGAAUUUUACAUUUUUAAAUAAAAUAACUAGUAGUUCAAAA